UGAAUGUGCAGGACACCCAUACAGGCACACACGCCUGGCAAGGAGGUCGCAAGGAUACGCCAGUUAGCCGACUUCUUGUCGGAAUUCCAAUGCAACAUAAACACCACGGUACAGAGAGAGAAAAAUAUAUCAAAAAGGACUCACAAAUGCUACCAACUUGAGCUUCUUCCUCUUCGCAUUCAUCUAGGGCUUUAUCGGUUUCUGGCCAUUUUUGUUGCCUUUGUUGGCUGCGUGAAAAUUUACGCGCUUGACGCUUUUAUGGCUCAUGAGGGCCCAUUGCCGUUGCGUCGUCUAAGCCAUUGUCUUUGGCUUUGGUCCUGGUCCUGGUCCUGGUCCUGGUCCUGGUCCUGGAUUCUGGAUUCUGGCCAUGUUUAUGGAGUUUCGUCCGGCAAUUAA